AUGGCGGGGCUCGCGCCCUCGCUCGGCGGCGGAGCGUCGGCUGCGGCUCCGCUCGGCGCCGCGUCGCUGCCAUCGCUCUCGCCGAUGCCCAAGGCGACGCUGUUCCGGCCUGGCGCGGCGAUGCCGCCCCCUCCGCCGCCGCCGCCCGCCUUCCGCGCCGCUUCCUCCUCCGGCGGGUCAGGCCCACCGCUCGGGCCACCGGCCUUCGGCGCGGCGGGGGCGUCGCCGCUGGCGUCGCGCCGUCCGCCGCACGGCCGCGCGCCCUCACCCGACGCCCGCGGGGGCCUCGCGACCACUCCCUUCGGCGGGCCCUUCUCGAACGACUCGCUCUCCACCGACGGCGCAGGCGCCACGCCGCGCCAGCGCCUGCCGCCGCCGCCGCCGCUACCGCCACCGCCCGUCGCCACCGCCGCCGCUGCCGCCAACGCCGCCGCCAACGCCAGCGGCGCCGCGGCGACGGGGGCGGGCGGUGGUCGGAACAAGGGCAGCGAGGCAGAGCUGCUCGCUUUCCUGCGCCGCGAGCCGCAGCAGCAGCCGCAGCCGCCGCAGCAGCAGCAGCCGCAGCCGCAGCAGCCGCAGCCGAGGGCGGGUGCGGAGGCGGCGCCGGCAGCAGCAGUCGGCACGGGCAGCGCGCGCGGCGGAGGAGGAGGCUCGAGCAAGCCCCCCGUCGUGCUGACUGGCUGGUACCUGAAGCGGCUGGGCGCCUCCACUGACGGCGCCGUCUCGCUCGCCGUCGAGGGCUGGCGCAAGGGGCAGCCGCGGGGCCGCAAGCCGUGGCACUCCACGGCCAUCGCCACAAGGGUCGACGGCCGCACAUUGCGCACCGCGUCAGGCUCCGUCUGCCUGCCCGGACGCUCUGGCUCCGUCUACCAGCUCGACGGGCCGAUGGACCAGCACGGAGCAUGCGGCGCCGGCUUCUCGCCCGCGACCGCGCAGGCUCCCCGCUGGACCAUCGGCCCGUCGAGCUGGAUCAAGCCGCUCGCGUUUUGGGCAAACGAGGUUGUGUUGCGCGACAGCGACGGCUCGUACGCCGCCGCAGCCGUGGAGGGGGGCGGCGGCGGAGGCGGAGGAGGAGGGGCGAAGAGGGGUGCGAGGCCGGUCAAGCGCGGCGCGGCGGCGGAGAAGGAGAAGGAGAGGGUGGAGGCGGAGGCGGAGGAGGGGGAGGGGGAGGGGGAGGGGGAGGGGGAGGAGGAGGACGACGACGACGAGUACAUCGCUCGCGAGGGCGAGAAGGUCGACGCGAUCGCAGCGGCGCCUCCCCCUCGCGCACUCGCGGCUGAGAACGGGCCUGCCGCUGGUGACGUGCAGCGGCGUUGUCCUCAGGCGCUCGGCAUCGCCCCUGCGCGGCUGGCGGCGCUCAACCGGUUCGGCGGCGGGCUGGACCCCCUUCAGGGAUUCUCGGGGCGACAAGCGGAACGAGCUGGCCACGGCAGCAGCGUUUGGGACAGCGGCGGCGGCAACAGCGGCGGCGGCGGCAACAGCGGCGGCGGCGGCAACAGCGGCGGCGGCGGCAACAGCGCCAACAGCGCCAACAGCGGCGGCGGCGGCGGCGGCGGCGGCGAGUCUGCUGCGACGCUGGCGGCGGGCGACGGCGUGGCAGUGCUGCGCGCGGGCGAGGUGGUCGAGUUGUCCCGCGGCUGGGUCAAGGUGCGCGUGGGCGGGGAGGGUGGAGCGCAGGUGCACCGCUUCCGCGCAAAGGAGCUCGCGCGGCGGCAGCCGCAGCAGCAGCAGCAGCAGCCGCAGCAGCCGCAGCCGCAGCCACUUCCCCCAAAGAAGCGGCCGCUGCCGCCGCCGAAGCGAGGCGCUCCCUCGGGAUCCUCCGCCCCUUCGUCGCCGGCGGCCGACGGGCGUGGCGCGACCAAGCGGGCCCGCGCCCCCCCCGACCGCUUCCAGGCGGCCGCGCUCUGA